GAGGCAGCGACAGAUGGCGGGCUCCUCUUCCCUCGGGAAGGCAAUCUCUACGAAUGCGGGCGCGUGUCAAUCACCCGCUCUCAUGUGAUGGCUCCUGCCAGUGACGUGCCCACCAUAUGGCCUGGCAUCAGAGCAGGUAUGUAACCCUGCCUGCUAGCGAUGCCACACCGCCUCCCUGCAGCCCGCGGAAGGGAUAACACGUACCGGAUCACACAGUCAACCGCGCCUCUCCACCAGCCUGAGCGUUUGUAAGGAGCUAGAAGGGCAAGAUGAUGUAGACGCACUCGCAAUUAGACGAAGAGCACCACAAACGAGUGCCGCCGCCAUGUUGACGAGAUUAUUCAACGAACCUUCACUGCUUCCAGACAUGCAGAAGUUCGCGGGCUGGGUGGAUGACAGCGGGAGUGAGGACUCCAAAACCAAGGACGAAGAGCAGGAGCACUGUCGCCUAGGCGACGAGGACUUGGAUGAGGACGACGUGAAAGGCGGGAGCAGCCGGGCUCAGUCGGAGAUCGCAGGGGAGGAGGAUGACGAUGAGGAUGUUGAUGAAGAUGACUGUGGGGAUGAGGGAGACAGGCCUAAGAAACGCGGGCCAAAAAAACGCAAGAUGACACCGGCUAGGAUAGAGCGCUCGAAAGUACGGCGUCAAAAGGCGAACGCCAGAGAGCGCACGCGCAUGCACGAUCUGAAUUCAGCACUGGACAAUCUACGCAAAGUCGUGCCGUGCUAUUCAAAAACUCAAAAACUCUCCAAAAUUGAAACACUAAGGCUGGCGAAAAACUACAUUUGGGCGCUGUCGGAAAUCCUGCGGAACGGGAAGAGACCGGACGUGGUUUCUUAUGUACAGACACUGUGCAAAGGCCUUUCCCAACCCACCACCAAUCUGGUGGCUGGCUGCCUCCAACUUAACUCACGGAACUUUCUAACGGAGCAAUGUCAAGAGGGAGCGCGCUUUCACGUGCCCAACCCCUCGUUCCCCAUGCACGCGUAUCCAUAUCAGUGCCCCCGUCUGGCAAGCGCACAAUGUCAAUCCGGAUCCAAUACACAUAACCUCCGAAAUCACUCUUUCUGUUCGGCCUACGAGACUGUGUACGCCGGGGGCGCGUCCCCAGAAUACAACAGUCCAGAUUAUGAGGGCCACCACAGCCCUCCGGUGUGUAUAAAUGGCAACUUUUCUUUGCGGCAACAGGAACCCGUUUCACCAGACACGGAAAGAGGUUAUCAUUAUUCUAUGCAUUACACCAGUCUGCACGGCCCACGUCCCUCCACUGGUCAUGGCCUUGCCUAUGGCCCGUCGGGAGCGCGCAGCGGCAGCACGCACUCGGAGAACGUUCCACCGUUUCCUGAGGUACACGGGCACCACGAUCGGGCGCCUGCGUAUGAGGAACUGAACGCCUUUUUCCACAAUUAGGUGAUCCCAUGUUGGAAAAGACAGAACAGGGAAAAAGGGGGAAAGACAUGUCCGCAUUCAGCACAUUAAUGAAAACCUUAUCAGUCGUAACUGAUUUGACUUUCUUCGGAAUCCGGGUGUUUGUGGACUCAUGGAGAUUUCUUUUACUUAAUGGAACAAUCAGUUUGUUCAAUUAUGGACCUUCAUGGAAAAUGAGUAUAUUAACAAGUUGUCGGAACAAGAAUCAAACUGCUUCAUCAAAACAUUAUAUCAAGUGGGAGUGCUAUUUCUGAAUCAAAUGUUUGACCCAUAAUGAGACACUUAUGUAACACAAGAAAAAAUGAACCAAAUUGCUUAAUGAAGACUGUUUCCUGAUCAAAUCAAUAAAGAAGCCUAUUGUUCCAGAACCAUCUGAUUUAUGAUUUCCUAUUGGGAAUUGGUGAGACGGGAAUUGUUCAGCCAACUCAAGAAAACCCCCAAAACAUGACAAAACAACAGCUGUAAAAUAGCUUAUUAGUACAUUUUAAACCAAUAACAAGACAUGAAUAAGAAAAUGUUUAUUUAUUAAAAAAAUCUAUCUAUCUAUCUAGUUCAUUUUAUAGGCUAAAUGUUUUCUACAUUUAAACUGAAUAUAUUCAAAACAGUGAAUCUUGGGUCAUUGCACGUUUCUUGCCAUUUUUUCCCCCUACUGAAUAACAAAGGUCAAUAUCAAACAUUUCUAAUGUCACUGGCAACUGUAAUUUCGCAUCCGAAACGGUCAAAAUCUGAUUUGUGGUCCAAUCCGGUAAACACCAGCAAACAAAUAUCGGUCUGUUCCUGCUGACGGGAGGCGAUGAAAUGCAAAUGUUUGAAGAAUAAUUGAGAUCAAACACGCCACUAUUUAUCUAUGUUGAGCAAAUAUCAAAUAAUAAUCUGAAUUUAGAUAUCUGGGAGAUUGAAUUAUCCUAAAUGAAAACUAAUUUGACAAUCUUGAAUUGCUGUAGGGCCUACAUAUAGCGUCCUACAUCAACGUUUUACGCAUAAACGCUCAUCAUUUCGAUUCCUUUCGAAGUUGAUGUAAGGAAAAGUUAAGGUAAGAAAUAAUAUAAGAUAAAUAAAUAAACGAAUGAAUGAAUAAACAAGUAUAUCAAGUUGAUUUCCAGGAGUAUGAGCUAACUUACAAUUGGUCGUAUUCUAUCAUUAGACUUCAGUAUUCAUGUUUUGUGUGUGUUAAAGCUGAAAGUGAAAAUGCAUCAUUUGUAGGUAGCAGAUCGUUUUUCAGAAAAAUAAGGACGAUCCACCUAUGGGCCUUUUCUGUCCUGCAAAAUAUUUCAAAUGUUGAUGACGUGAAAUAACAAAACAAUUGCCAGAACUACUACUACUAAUAAUAUUAUAACAACAACAACAAACAACACAUAAAUGAUCAUAAAACUUAUAAUAAUAAUAUUAAUAAUAAUUUACAAUUAUGGAAUGUUUUUUUUACUUUUCAAAUCAGUGAAUUGCAUUGAAUAUAAGAUUAACAUUCCGCAAAGACUUUACUCUUGAUAGAUGUAAAUAAUUCCCGUCUCUGAACAGCAUGUCAGAGUGCAGAGGAUUAAAAAAUCAGUGAAGAAUGGAUAUUAAAAAUAAAUAUCUUUCUGAUAUUGGAGGGAAAAAGGCAAACUUGUUGAACAUGAUUGACCAAGCACAGGCGUAUAAGGUCUAAAUAAAUUCUCAGUUGAACAUCAUGGUGAAUCUGUGAGGUUGCUACUGUGGACUUCUGCCAUCGUGACCGAUUUUGGAGCUUUGCCCCGGGACCCAUAUGUUUCAACGGGUCGUCCACGAUGAGAUUAGAGGCGGACGGACAAGCUACCGUGGGACAUCAGUCAUAAUGGGCGAUCAGACCCAGGCAGUACGACCAAAUAAACAAAAUUCAGUGAAUUCUUGAAUCUGUUGAUUUGUAUUUCAUUUUAAUCCCUGAAAUAACCAUUGAUUAUAGCACUCUUAUGCCCUGUUCCAUUAUUAUUAUUAGUAGUAGUGGUAUUGUUUCAUUGCCUACAUAAAUGUCAUCCGUUCCGACUAUAAAUGUAUCUUUAUUUCUGAG